AUGCCAGCCAUUGGAUCCAAGUCUCACGUCCUCGUCACCGGUGGCUCCGGGUUCAUUGCCAUCUGGAUCGUCUACCAGCUGCUUGAGCGCGGUCACAAAGUACGAGUCACUGUCCGAUCCCAAGAUAAAGGCAAAUAUUUGCAGGACGUCUUCCAAAAGUACGCCGACAACCUUGAAUACACCAUCGCCGAGGAUCUCGAGAAGGAGGGCGCUUUCGAUGAUGCCGUCAAGGGUGUUGAUGCAGUUCUCCACACCGCCUCGCCCUUCCACAUGAACGUCGAAGGUGACCCCAGGCGGACGCUUAUCAACCCCGCCGUCAACGGUACGCGCAACGUUCUCUCUUCGAUCCACAAGCAUGGCAGCAAUGUCAAGCGUGUCGUCAUCACCUCGUCCUUUGCCGCAAUUGUUGACUCGAGCCGUCAAGGCCACGUCGUCUAUACCGAGAAGGAUUGGAACGUUUCCAGCGUUGAGCGUGUCGACAAGAAGGGCAAGGAUCAAGAGCCGCAGGACGCCUACCGAGCCUCUAAGACGCUGGCUGAGCGUGCUGCAUGGCAAUUUGUCGACGAGAACAAGCCCACCUGGGAUCUUGUGACGAUCAACCCUCCUCUUGUCUUUGGCCCCAUCCUUCACCAGGUCAACUCGCCCGAGAAGCUCAACACCUCGGUCAGCUUCGUGUGGGGCCUGCUCCACGGAUCCAAAAAGGAAGACGACCUGCUCACCCCUUCUGGCAACUGCGUUGACGUGCGUGAUGUUGCCUACGCUCAUGUCGAGGCGCUGGUUCGCCCUGAAGCGGGUGGCAACCGGUUCGCCACAGCGCUUACUCCGUUCGUCUACCAGGACCUCGCCGACAUUAUCCACAGCGACAACCAGGUCCCCACCGACUGGAAGAAGCAGGUUCCCUCGGGCAAGCAAGGCCAGGGAAAGUCGGUCAAGCAGAACGAGCUCGACGGUUCCAAAGCUACUCGUGUCCUUGGACUCAAGUACAUUCCGCUCAAGGAUGUCGUUCAGGACAUGGUUGCCAGCCUUGCCGACUACGAGAAGCGCGGCUGGUCUGGUGUCCCCAGCGCAGACAUUCUCUCUCUGACAAAGCACUGA